GGGUCGACACUGAGGAAUUCCAACAGUGUGAUCAUUUUAUAGCUACUCAGAACAAAUAAAAGCAAAGGAACGUCAAUAAUUGAAGUUAUUUCAGUAACUGUUUACUGUAAGUUGUUUACAGUAACUUCAGCCAGUAAACCAGGUCAUAAUCCAGGACCAGGGAAAUGGAAACCAAGUAUUGGGAUCAUUAUAAUUACUUCAAACUGGACAGUGAACUGGACAGACAUUCUGAAUUUCCCAUAAUCCUCAGCAUUGUGACCCUGCUCAGUCUUAUUGGUAAUGUUCUGGUUGUUGUGAUCAGUGUAUGCUGUAUGAGGCUUAGAUCACUGACCAGCAUCUUCAUGCUCAACUUUGCUCUGUCAGACCUGCUGUUCACUGUCGGACUGGUGCUCAGGGUAUAUCACUUUAUCUCGGGUUUGACUCCCAGUGGCGCAGUGUGUAAAGUGGUUCACUAUACUUUCUCAGCUGGAUUUUACAGCAGCAUUAUGUUCCUGGUACUGAUGAGUGUUCAGCAAUACACAACCACAGUGCACCCUCACUCAGGCUGGAAGAUAAGACGUCGUGUCGCAUGCAUUUUUGUCUUUGCAUGGGUGGUGAGCCUCUUGGCAGUGCUGCCAGUCGUGAUACACACUGUAGCGUUUCCUAAAUCAGACUUCUGUAUGUACAGCAGUUAUUAUUUACAUAUUCCUCUUACAUAUAAAGAAAACAUAAUUUGUGUGUGUGCCUUUUUGUUUCUGAGUGUUUACUACAUCAAGAUCCUGCGCGUCAUUUUCAAAUUAUCAACAAACCCGAGACACAGAACUACUGGACUCGCCUUCAUUCUCGUAGUUAUGUUCUUUAUUUGUUGGGCUCCUUAUAACAUUGUAAAUUUCCUGGAAACCUUAACAUAUUACCAAAUAAUGCGUUCUAUGGAGUUCAAAGAACGUCUCAAUUACGCCAACUACAUCUGCCAUCUUCUGGUCUUUAUCCGAUGCUGUCUCAAUCCAGUGAUCUAUGCUUUGUUUGGCCUAAAAUAUCGUAAGUCUGUGCGAGAGAUUUAUCUAAGACGAGCUCCUGUACACUCUGCACGAAUGGAGACUGGAGAACUUCCUCUUCAGGGUCGGGACAGUUUAAACAAUCAAGUCCCAGAGCAGGAUAUAAAAUUAAGAUUUUCAUGAACUACAAUCU